GGAACAACGACCACCACUACCAACAACACCACCACCACCACCACCUCCACUACUCACGACCCCCGACCUCGCCGCCAUCAUACAGCACCAACGAUUUUGACAAUAAAAACGACGACAGUGGGACACUCUAUCAUCUAUUCCUAUUCUCCACGCAUCGCUCCCAUUAACCCAGCAAGUACAGCAUGUGCCAUCCUUCCAUCGCCUGCACUUCGCUUCAUGUAUGAAACGUAAUCUUCCAACCACGAGCCAUGUGCUGAGCAUGAUAAGGCCUCGCAGGUCCAUUAUUCUCAGUGUCCUCAUUCUCUCCGCAAUCGUCACUAUCCUUGUCCAUCGUGACCCUCACCACCUCCCCUCUCAAUCCUCCGCAGCCAAAUUCCUCAAUGAUCACAGUCCUUCGGGGCAGGACGCCCCUGUUGGCCCUGCAAGCUCCUCCACCCACCCUAUACAUCAACUCAUAGCCCGUCAUGAAUCCCAACUUCGCACUCUCCAGGCUAGACAAUCAAAGUCUCUCGGCGAGGCCGUUGCUGAGUACCGGAGACGUUACAACCUCCCUCCACCUCCAAACUUCGACCAAUGGUACAAAUUCGCGAAGAAGAGGGGUGUACAGCUCAUUGAUGAGUUCGACACCAUCCACCAUCAGCUGCUUCCAUUUUGGGCAUUGGACCCAGCCGUCAUACGGGAGCGGGUCCGAGAAGCCAUCGGCUUCGACAAUGCCUUCAUCUCCGUCAUGAUACGUGAUGGCAAAGUCGUCAAAUCCGAAGGUGGAGGCGAUAUGUACCAAUGGCACCGGGAAGCCACCCCCGUCAUGCUGCACAACUUCAUCAAAUAUCUCCCUGAUAUGGACUUGGCAUUCAACAUCCACGAUGAGCCCAGAGUCAUCCUCCAGCACGAUGACCUCUUGCGUCAUGUCAACGUAGCCACGACCCAAAAUAUGCCAAAGGCAUACGACAAUAUUUCUCCGAGAAAUCGCUGGUCCCCUCGGCCCCAAGACCUCGGCGAGGGCAUCCGCAUCAAAGAAUACAAAACUACUCGGUUCAAUAAGUUUGCCCAUCAGCCUACUUGGAGCAACUCUCGCCUCUCGUGCCCUCCCGAUAGCCCGGCUCGCUCUUGUCUGGUUGACAACUGCCCCGACAAUCAAACAGCCUAUACAAGUCUCCCCCUAGGUUUCAUUGAAAACACAACCGCAUUCUCCGACAUUUGCAACUCUCCUAGCCUCGAAAAGACUUUUGGCUUCUUCGACCGUCCCAAUGCUUUUGAUGUCACCCACGACCUCUUCCCUGUCUUCUCCCAGUCCAAAAUAUCCAGCUUCCAAGACAUUCUCUAUCCCUCGCCUUGGUACUACAUGUCUCGCGUCAAGUACGAACCCGAACGUGACAUGCCCUGGCAGGACAAGGCUCCCACCAUGUAUUGGCGAGGCAGUACCACCGGUGGAUUUUCGCGCGACGGAGGCUGGCGUCGUCAACAUCGUCAGAUCUUUCUCUCUAAGAUCCAGCCCAUGAACCAGGCCAAGAUCCUCAAGCUGGACAACUCCACCACACCCAACCCCGCAGGCCCCAACGUGUGGCGUGAGGAAUCCGUUCCUGGCGACCGAUUUUCGCAUUACUUCGAUGUCAAGUUCACCUCGAUUGGCCAAUGUGAUCCUGGCGACUGCGAUGCCCAGCGCGCCUACUUUGGCACCGUCCAGCCCGUCAACAUGUUUGAUGCGUUUCGGUCUCGUUUUCUUCUUGACAUUGACGGUAACGCUUUUUCAGGUCGUUACUACGCAUGGCUUCUUUCUAAAUCCCUCGUCUUGAAACUCGCCAUUUUUCGAGAGUGGCACGACGAAUGGCUAACCCCCUGGGCGCAUUAUAUCCCACUGAGCCUCAAAGGUGAUGAAUACGUCGAGUCGGUCAGAUACUUUGACCAGGAGGCCGCUGGUAGGAGCGAGGCACAAAGAAUUGCCGACCAAGGACGAGAGUGGGCGGGCAAAGUACUUCGGAAUGAUGAUCUGGAGGUGUGGUAUUUUCGAUUGCUCCUCGAAUAUGGCCGACUCAUCGACGAUGAUCGCUACAACAUUGGCUUCGCUGUGUAGCCUGUUCCCUUCCUCAUCGAAGACCACAAUUAGAUACCCCUAUCCGUAUUGUACCACCAUUCCAUAUAAUUGUGCAGCUACGCAUAUGUACAUGGCACACACAGCAUGCACCUCGGCAAUAGUACUAUUUCUUGAUCGUGUCCGUAGCUAUCCAAUUGCAGUGUCCACUCUGGAGCACUGCUGGUACAGAAAAC